GCAGUUUGUAUCUCGAACUUGCGAAACACAAAAAUUGUCAAGUUGGGGCUGUUGUGCUUGGGCUGGCUCCGAAUUUCAAACUUCAAACUUCAAAACUCACUCUGGGUUGGGCGGACCUCAGCCCAGCUCUAUAAUCCCCCCACAGAAUCACGAAGAUUCGCGCAAUCGCGCGUGACCUUCACGCUGCCCGCUUCCUCCGACAUCCCUCAACCCUCAUAGUCCCUUCCUUCAACGAAGCCGUCGAGAGAUUCAAACCCUCCGCCUCUCUCCAAAACCCUCCAAAAACCCUAAUCUAAACCUUCCCAGAACUUGAUCGAACCUGUCAUCUCCAUUCAACUUGAUCAUGUUGCAGUCAUUGAAGGUUGUCAAGACAAAUGCUUCCAAUCCGAAGCUCUGGAUCAUGAUCGGCAUAGGCGUGGCAGGGCUUGUAGUCCUCGCCGAAACUACCCGAAGGAAAAGAAGAAAAGUAGCCAAGAGGUUACAGAGAGCAGAUUUCGGGGCUUUUGUCGAGCGCUUCGAGCUUCUUCCCUUCCCUCAACCGCCCCCUCCUGCCGCGCGCCAGUUGCUUUCUGGCCUCACGUUCGCCAUCGAAGACAUAUUCGAUGUGAAGGGGUAUGUGACGGGCUUUGGGAAUCCAGAGUGGAAGAGGACGCAUGAGGCGGCGGCUAAGACUGCAGUGGCGGUGGCGGCCUUAUUGAAGAAUGGGGCUACGUGUGUUGGCAAGACUGUCAUGGAUGAGUUGGCCUUCGGGGUAACUGGGGAGAACAUUCAUUAUGGAACCCCCACCAAUCCACAAUUGCCAUCAAAUAUCCCUGGAGGUUCUGCUAGUGGUUCAGCUGUGGCUGUUGCAGCUGAGCUUGUUGAAUUUGCUCUUGGUACUGACACUACUGGGUGUGUGAGAACCCCAGCAUCAUUCUGUGGUAUCCUUGGAUUCCGACCGUCUCACGGGGUGGUGUCUACAAUUGGGGUUCUGCCAAAUGCUCAAAAUUUGGAUACCAUUGGAUGGUUUGCCCGUGAUCCAUCUGUUUUACAUCGAGUUGGACAUGUUCUACUUCAAAUGAAUCUAGUGGCGCCUAAAAGGGCAAGACGCUUUAUUUUUGCUGAUGAUCUUUUUCAGCUUUCAAAGGUUCCCAAGCAGAAAACUGUACAUGUUGUCAGCAAAGUAACUGAAAAUCUAUCUGGAUAUCAGCCUCCAAAACAUAUGAAUCUUGGUCAGCAUAUUGCUUCAAAUGUACCUAGUUUGAAAAGUUUUCGAGAAAAAUCAAAUCAUCAAAAUGGAAUAUCUACAUUGAAAGCUCUAUCUUCUGUGAUGAUUUCGUUACAGAGACAUGAAUUCAAAACAAAUCAUGAAGAGUGGGUUAAAUCAGUCAAACCCAGGUUAGGCCCUGAUGUCUCUGAUCGUGUUCUUGCAGCAAUUAACUCAACACCUGAGAAUAUUAAAACUUUCUAUAAGGUGAGGGCAGAAAUGCGAGCUGCCCUUCAGAGUCUUUUAAAGGAUGAUGGGAUAUUGGUAAUUCCUACAAUUGCAGAUCCUCCAUUAAAAAUUUCCUCAAAGAAAGGUCUGUCUGCUGAGUUCCAUGAUAGAGCAUUUGCUUUAUUGGGCAUUGCGAGCAUGUCUGGUUGCUGUCAGGUUACCAUUCCAUUAGGGAAGCAUGAUGACUGCCCAAUCUCCGUUUCAUUUAUUGCAUUCCAUGGAGCUGAUAAAUUUCUCCUUGAUACGGUCUUGGAUAUGUAUUCAUCUCUUCAGGAGCAGGUCAGCAUGGCAUCCAACGCGCUGCCAUUGCCAGAUGCCAAUGGUAACAUGGAUACUGCUGAACUGUUGAAAGAGAAGGGCAAUGCAGCAUUUAAAGGAAGACAGUGGAAUAAGGCUGUGAACUACUACAGUGAAGCUAUCAAGUUGAAUGGGACAAAUGCAACUUUCUAUAGCAACCGAGCAGCUGCAUAUUUAGAAUUAGGAUGUUUCCAGCAAGCUGAAGAAGAUUGCAGUAUGGCGUUAUCCCUUGACAAGAAGAAUGUGAAGGCGUAUCUAAGACGAGGAACAGCUAGAGAAUCACUUUUAUGUUAUAAAGAAGCUGCUCAAGAUUUCAAGCACGCCCUUGUUCUUGAACCACAAAAUAAGGUUGCUAGUCUUGCAGAAAAGAGAUUGAGGAAACUGAUGGGUUGAUUCUUUGCAAACCCUAUCCCUCCUACAACUGUUGGAUUAACAUUCGACGGAAGCCCUGCAGGGAAAAAAAUUGAGCAAAAUAAUAGAAGAGAAGAGGUAACGGCUUUCUAUUUAUGAGCUGCUGGGUUUUGUCUUUUUGUUUUUUGCUUUUUUCUUUUUUCCCCCUUGUGCAUAUGUAUCAUUGAAAAAAUGUUUUUAUUAACAUUGGUAUGAAUUUUGGUCCAUUAAUUGAUGUUGACCGUUUAAUUUUUGAAUUAAGUUCAAUUGCUCUC